AUGUCCCAGACACCUUCCUACUCUACCAACUUGGCUACUGUCACCAAUCACCUGUCACUGUCACUACACUGUUACCAGUACCCCUACACUAUCACCAACAUCCCUACACCAGCACCAGUACCCCUACACCAUCAGCAGCACCCCUACACCAUCAGCAGCACCCCUACACCAUCAGCAGCACCCCUACACCAGCACCAGUACCCCUACACCAGCACCCCACCAGCACCAGUACCCCUACACCAUCACCAGCACCCCUACACCAUCACCAGCACCCCUACAUCAUCACCAGCACCCCUACACCAUCACCAGUACCCUUAUAUCGUCACCAGCACCUACAUCAUCACUCCUACACCGUCACCAGUACCCUUACAUCAUCACCAGCACCCCUACAUUGUCACCAGCACCCCUACAUCAUCACCAGCACCCCUACACCAUCACCAGCACCCCUACAUCGUCACCAGCACCCCUACACCAUCACCAGUACCCUUAUAUCGUCACCAGCACCUACAUCGUCACCCCUACAUCGUCACCAGUACCCCUACAUCGUCACCAGCACCCCUACACCAUCACCAGCACCCCUUCAUCCUUCCUCCUCUUCUCACCACAAUGAAACCUCAUACACAAAUACCUCCCCAUUCUUAUUCUAGCUGUGUCUCCUCCACACCCACCAAGACCAUCCCCACCACCCUUAACUCCACUUCCUCCUCUGUAACACCCCAGAUCUCUGUCACCUCCUCUUCCACAGCCUAG